AAUAGAUCGAUAUCUAUCGUAUGAUACCGAUCUCCAUUUUAGCUAAUUAAGCUAGAAAUUCUCACUAAUUAUCACCCAUUUUUUCUCAUUGUGUGUUAUUUUAGCUAGUUAAACAUCACCCUUAUUAAAAUGGCUGAAAACGAUGCAAGGUAUAUUCGCGAUAUUUGUGUGAGUCUUUUCGGCGCUCUUAUAGCAGGAUGCCUUGGUUUAUUCGCAUCAUUUCAAGUUCGGCCAAUAACGGUGGAUGGUGGCACUGUCAGAAAAUGCUCUUCUGGGUGCUCUAGUGUUGGCAGUGUCCUUUUUUUAUGAUAAGAGCCCAAGUUCUGACGCGAAUACUCGAAGAAACUACAUCCAACUAAUACUCAAAAUCUCAAUAGGCUUCACAAGUGUCGCGUUUGUUGGAGCCGAAAUUUUAUUUGUUGUGGGAUAUGUGCAGCUGCAAAAGGGUGAAAUAUGCGGGACCCCUAUGUAUUUAAAGAUAUUGCGAGGAGCAGCAGGUCUUUGCUUUGUUCAAUUUGUGUCUGCCUUGGUUUACGGCUCCCUAAUUUUCAGUUUGUUUGACACAGUUUGGUCGUAGAAGAUGUUGACGGAGAUGGGCAUGAGAAUGCGAUUACCCAUUUGGAAAGUUUUGUCAGCUUAAUUAUCAUUUUUUUUAUUCAGUAUAAUCACACAUUUUCAUUUUAACAUCAAUUUUUUAAAUUUCAAUUCAAGUCAAAUAAGAUUUUUUUUUUGAAAUGAGAGGAGUAGAGGGCUAUUGUACCACGUUUCCCGUCAUCACACUACCUAUUACUGAUGCCUAUGAACCACAAAAUUUCAUGAAUGUAGCUAUAUGCAUGCCUUUUA